AUGGACCAGCGGAACCAGCUCGGCGCCCUCGGACACCUGCCGCCGCUGCUGCUGCACGCCCUGCUGCUCCUCGCGGCCGACGCGUCGUUUACCGAAGUCCCCACAGAUGUGACCGUGCGGGAGGGAGACGACAUCGAGAUGCCCUGCGCGUUCCGGGCCAGCGGCGCCGCCUCGUACUCGCUGGAGAUCCAGUGGUGGUUCCUGCGGGCGCCGCCCCGCGAGCUGCUGCACGAGCUGGCGCUGAGCGCGCCCGGCGCCCGGAGCAAGGUAACAAACAAGGAUGCGACUAAAAUCAGCACCGUGCGUGUCCAGGGCCACGACAUCUCCCACCGGCUGCGGCUGUCGGCCGUGCGGCGGCAGGACGAGGGCGUGUACGAGUGCCGCGUGGCGGACUACGGCGCCGCGGACACGCAGGAGCACGCGGCCCGGGCCCUGCUGCGCGUGCUCUCCCGCUUCGCGCCGCCCCGCAUGCAGGCGGCGGAGGCCGUGUCCCACAUCCAGAGCAGCGGGCCCCGGCGCCACGGCCCCGCCUCCAGCGCCAAUCACGUGGGCACCGCGGGCCGCCCCACAUCCCAGCCCGGCCGCAGCCACAAGCGUCCGCCUCCUCCGGGAAGCCCUUCCGCGACCCCCGGUCCCGGAGUCCCCGAGGCCGCCGCCGCCGCCGCCUCCGCCACCCCCGCAGCCACCACCACUGUCGCCGCUGCAGCCGCUGCUUCCUCGGCUUCGCCGCCCGGCCAGGUGGUUCUGCGCCAGAGGCAUGGCUCCGGCACCGGCCCCACCUCCUCCGCUGACCCACUCCUGGCGCUGCUCCUGGUGGCUCUGCACUCGCUCCUGGGCCGGCUGGUGGGGCACUGA